CAGGCAGAGUGCCCUUACUUUUGGCGGAAACGACGUUCCGUAAUUGCGUCUGUGCGCUGGCGUGACGACUGCUAUUAGCGUGACGACGUGACUGAGCUUUCAGACGACUAUCUUGGUAGGUAGCUAAGUCCGCUUCGUCUGCCAAAAGACAAAAGGCAAAUAUUCGCUCUUCUAUAAGGAAUAGGCUCUGGUAAGAGAAAUUGAGCUAAUGCGGCAGAUAACUCUUCUCUUGAUUGGACUCUUGAUACAAGGAUGGAUACUUGAAAUUGCUCUUUCAGCCAACUACACAAGGCAAAUAUGUACUGGAGAGCCAGCUCUACAACCACUGUCAUUUCAUUCCUGUCCCAAUGAAUCUGCAACAUUCACAUGUAGCGACAGCAAGGUGUCAUUCCUUACAUGGAAGGUGGAACAUUAUACACCGAGUGAUGGUCAUCUGUCUUAUGCUGCUAAACUAUUAAAGGCGGACACAGAACUGCUUACAUUGAAUAGUACCGACAAUGUAUUCCACUCAACUCUAGUGUUCGAUCAAAUUGAUGAGAAUUUUGCAAACAUGACAUCAACUCUAACAGUGUCAACGUCUGGCGUGAGAAACGGGACAAAUGUCACUUGUACCACUUUAGUUGGGAUUGAUGAGUGCAACAUGAUGGCUACCAUCUAUGUUACAGAUAAUAAUGAAGAGGUGACACCUACCCAUCACGGCCGAAAUGGUGACCUUUGCUGUUCAAUGUCAGAGCUAGCAGGUCUUUUUGGAAUUUGGGUCUUCCUCCUGAUUGUAACAACACUGGUGACAGCGUUGUCUUUAUACCUUAUUCGAAAACACAGUGCUACUAAAAACAGACAGCUGCAGGAAAAGUGUGAUGUGGUGGAGAACUCUGCUUAUGGUGUCCAUGUUCAAGGCUCAGCUGGUGAUAGACUGGAGCCAGACUACAACAUGGAGAACAACCCACUGUAUGAGAUGAGGAUACUGUCAAAUGAGGGACACUCACACAAGACACAAACACCAGCUCCAGUCCCUGUGUAUGAGACUGUUGACAUUGUGGCUGAAAAAUAGACGGAAAUGUUAGCAUGUUUAUUCUUUUAGGGGUACACACAAGCAUAGAAUGGUUGUUUUCGACUUUCGUGUUUUGACGAGCAAUCCUAAAGUUGACUAGUUUACAUGCGCGAGAUGUUCACUGCUCAAAAUGCAAACCCUCGGCGAACUGCGCA